AUGGCAGAGGGAGGCCAAUCGCCCACGGACACCAAAAUUGAGUUUGAACCAUACUGCAAACCAUCUUGUGAGAUGGGCGAUAAGAAUGAGUUCGGAGUAACGGACACUCUCGGCGCUGAGGAAGAGAAGAAGCUUGUCCGCAAGAUUGAUAUGCGACUCAUGCCUCUCCUCAUCGUCAGCUAUGGCCUCCAAUAUCUUGACAAGACGAGCUUGGCCUACAGCGCCAUCUUGGGUCUCAGAAAGGACUUGAAUUUGGUUGGUCAGCAAUUCAGCUGGGCGUCGAGCAUCUUCUACAUUGGCUACCUCGUCGCUUCUUACCCUAUCUCUCUCGGCUUCGUCAAGUUCCCACUUGGAAAGUACCUCAGCAUCUUGAUGUUCAUCUGGGGCAUCGUCCUCACUCUCCACGCCGUCGCGCCCAAUUUCGCAAGCCUCAUGGUCCUCCGAACACUCCUCGGCGCCUUCGAGAGCGCCAUCAGCCCUGGAUUCUCUCUUAUAACAGGCAUGUGGUAUACCCCGCACGAGCAUGUCUCCCGGCACUCAUUCUGGUUCGCUGGCAAUGCGUCGGCUAGUAUCAUCGGUGCGAUGAUCGCAUAUGGAAUUCUAAAGUACGAGGGAUCUUUGGCCAAGUGGAAGACGCUGUUUCUCAUCUUUGGUCUCAUCUCCAUUGCAUGGUCAAUCGUCAUGUUCUUCUACUUGCCUGACUCUCCUGCCAAGGCAAAGUUCUUGACAACCUCGGAACGCGAAUUUGCUUCUCUCCGGCCCAAGAAGUUCCAAAAGACGACCCAAACGCGAAAAUGGGAUUUUGUGCAGUUCAUUGAGGCUAUGAAGGAUGUCAAGACUUGGUGGUUCUUCUUCUUUUCCUUUGUUAUUUGUGUUCCCAAUGGAGGAACGACUAGCUUCAGUACCAUUAUCAUCAAAAGCUUCGGCUACGAUGAGUUCCAGACCAUUCUCAUGGGCCUUCCUGCUUCAGCGUUUCAGCUCACGACUGUCAUACUCGCAGCUGUCGGCACUUCAUUCAUUCGAAAGUCUCGCCUCGUCGCAUUGGUUCUCAUUUACCUCAUGGCAAUUGGAGGAAUCCUCAUGAUAAAACUCCUCCCGGAGCCUGAGAAACUUGCUCGUCUUGCGGGCUUCUGGCUGAUCAUGGCUGUCGCUCCUGCGUUCCCUCUGAUGCUCUCGCUAUCAUCUAGCAACAUUGCAGGAUUCACUAAGAAGUCGACUGUCAUGGCCAUGAUAUUCUUGGGCUAUUGUGCGGGAAACCUUGCCGGGCCGCAGUUCUUCAUUGCAACCGAGGCGCCGGGCUACCAUACGGCAUAUACAACCAUCUUAGUCUGUUUCGUCAUUACUAUUGCGCUGGUGGUUGCUCUACGCUUAUACUUGGCCUGGGAAAAUGGUCGUCGUGACACGGAGCAGGGGGUACACAUCGACCCAGAGGAGAAGCGAUAUGUGGAUCUCAAUGCCGAUGGGACCCUGCUUCAGGUGGAUGAGACGGAUCUUCAGAACAGAAGCUUCAGAUAUAUUCUUUGA